GGCUACUUUACGAUCUCCUCAAGCGAAAUGGCAGUUCUGGGCGGGCUUCCUCGGGCCCUUUCCCCGCCAACUCGCCAGGCGGAUGCCCUUAUAAAGCCCGAGGCGCGGAGGGCUCCCCUCCCUUUGCCAAGAGUCGCUCGGCGGCGCUGCGCUUUUUCCCUCCUCCGGGGCUUUUAAUCCGCUCCUCAAGCGCGGCAGGGGCAGCAGCAACAGGCGUCCCAACUUCCUUCCUCCUUCCUCCCUUCUUUCGGGAUUUUUUCCCUUUCUUUCCCCGCCGCUGAGAGAAGAGAAGAAGCAGCGGAGCGUCUUUCCAGACUUGAAACUGUUCGAUCAGACAAGAUCAGUCCUAUAGUAUCUGUGGGACGCCAGCGGAUGCAUUGACCCCAAAUGUUCAGAAUCAAAAGACUGCCUUCAAGACUCAGGAAAUUGGCAUAACACUUGGAGCCCUUACAAAGGGAAGAUGGCGCCAACCUUGCAGCAGGCCUACCAGCGUCGCUGGUGGAUGGCCUGCACUGCAGUGGUGGAAAAUCUCUUCUUCUCAGCCGUUCUGCUGGGCUGGGGCUCCUUGCUCAUCAUGCUCAAACAUGAAGGCUUCUACUCCCAUGUGUGCACAGGUGAGAAUGGAACUAAUAGCUCUGGUGGGGCCAAUACGUCUCACCUCUGGCCCAGUUGUGUGGAACAGGAGGAAAUGCUCAACCUAGGCUUCACCAUUGGCUCCUUCUUACUGAGUGCUGCCACCUUGCCUCUUGGGAUAUUUAUGGACCGGCUUGGCCCAAGGCCACUCCGCCUGAUCGGAAGUGCAAGUUUUGCCAUCUCCUGUGCUUUCAUGGCCCUGGCUGCAUACAACCCACCAGUCCUUUCCCCGUUGAUUUUUCUUGCCCUUUCCUUGAACGGCUUUGGUGGGAUCUGCCUGACCUUCACCUCCCUAACACUGCCCAAUAUGUUUGGAAAUCUACGUUCUACUUUCAUGGCACUCAUGAUCGGUUCAUAUGCUUCUUCUGCUGUUACAUUUCCCGGUGUCAAGCUGAUCUAUGACAGUGGAGUUUCCUUCAUCAUCAUCAUGCUCGUCUGGGCAGGUCUGGCUUGCCUUAUCUUCCUCAAUUGCUUGAUCAACUGGCCCCAUGAGUCCUUCCCAGCUCCUGAGGAAACCAGCUAUGUGAAGAAGAUCAAGCUGAGCAGCCUAGCUCUGGAUCACAAGGUAACAGGUGACCGCUUCUAUGUCCACGUGACGGCUGUGGGGCAGCGGCUGAGCCAGCGGGUGCCACAUUCGGAAGAAACCAAGGAGGAGCUGUAUCCAUCUAUGCAGGAUCUUUGCCAGGGGCCCUCUAAAUCAUCUGAGCGCUCCAUUCCCUUUCGCCGCAGCGUCUGCUCGCCCAUCUUUCUCUGGAGUCUCCUCACUAUGGGCAUGACCCAGUUGCGGAUCAUCUUCUACAUGGCAGCCAUGAACAAGAUGCUGGAGUUCCAGGUGACGGACGGCAAGGACCCUGUACCAGAAGAGCUGCAAAAUAAAGCUGAGGAGACAGUCGGCUUCUACUCCUCCAUCUUUGGCGUCAUGCAGUUACUGUGCCUUCUUACCUGCCCCUUCAUUGGUUAUGUGAUGGACUGGCGCAUCAAGGAUUGUGUGGAUGGGCCAGGAAAUAUGGACCAUGCUGGACCUGCCGGGACUGAAGUGAAAGGAAAGCCACCUAAAGUUCGAAACCGUAAGAUACAGAAGUUGACCAAUGCUAUCCGUGCCUUUGUCAUCACCAAUCUGCUGCUGGUGGGGUUUGGUAUCACUUGCCUGAUCAACAACCUCCAUCUUCAGUAUGUGACUUUCAUCCUUCAUACCAUGGUCCGUGGCUUUUUCCAUUCAGCCUGUGGAGGCCUUUAUGCUGCUGUGUACCCGUCCAACCAUUUUGGAACAUUGACCGGCCUGCAGUCACUGAUCAGUGCAGUAUUUGCUCUCCUCCAGCAGCCACUUUUCAUGGCAAUGGUGGGGCCAAUGAAUGGUGAUCCUUUUUGGGUGAACCUUGCCCUCCUCAUCUUAUCUUUUGUGGGCUUUCUGCUCCCCUGCUACCUCUUCUACUACCGCCGAAAGCUUCGCCAGGAACAAGCAGCGAAAGACAGGACUUCUGACCAACCGAAUGGUGCUCACGUGAAACUUCAGGACAGUGCAGCUACCAAUGGCUUGUUAAACAAUGAUGCAACCACUAUAUAAAUCAGGAAUUAUUGGUGGGGGAAUUUGUAGGUGACAGAGAACUGAAUGUAGAGUUGGAGAGACUGGCAGAUGGAAUGAAACACUAUUAGCAAAGAGAGGGAAAAAUACUGUGAGGAUUUUUUAUAUUUGGGAACUAUGAAAAUAACUGAGGUGCUUUUAAUUCUCAACAAAUGCAUAUCUAUAUUUAUAGUUGUCUGUAUUAUAUAUAUAUAUAUAUGUGUGUGUAUAUAUAUAUAUCCAGAGAAAGAGAACUCUAUUUUUGGAGAGUAUUUUAAACAGCCCUACUACUUUUAAAUAGAUGAUCUGGAUGUCAGUCAAUGAACAUUGAAGACCUAGAAUAUUUUAUAAAAAAAGUCUCAUUUUGUCCUGGUCUGAAUUGAUCCCAGAGAACUGCUAUCUGUGGUUCAAAGCAUUUCACUCUUCCUUCCCUACCAUAGUCUCAGUGUUGUUAGGCUAUGGUAGGCAAACUUUCCCUUAUCCGUUUCCUCCUCUUCCGUCCUUCUGCCCCCUUGAGAAUAAAAUCGGGGGAUGAAUUAAACGCACACAGAUUGUAAGUCCAAAUGGCAUGCUUUCUGCCAGAUGUCUUUUUUGAGUCAAAGUUUCUUCAGCUUUCUUGUAUUUUGGCAGCUGAUGCUGGGAUGUGGAAAAAUAGGAUGGGAAGGGCAGACAUCACUUAACAGGAAAUGCUGCAAACCCUGCCUCCUACCUCCCAAUCCUUUCCCCCAGGGUUUAAAAUACAAGUGAUGUCCUCAUUAAUUGUCUCCUGGAGACAAAGCUUUGACGGCCUCUUGAAUGCUGUGUAUUUUGUCCCAGUAUUUGGACCUUGUCUUGGCAGCAGGUGUGACAGGCUUAUGUAAAUUACAAAACACUGAGAGGGACAUUAAUUUAACAGGAUUUGUGUAGGGAAGGAAAGAGUGCCAGUUUUUAAUGACCUCUUUUUGGAUCAUGUCCUUCCAAGAGGAACUGUAGGCUUACCUCCCAAAGGCUGGAUUUGAGCAAUUAUGCUAAAUACAUCGCCAGACCUUAGCUAACCCUGUGUGUUUAUACUUAAAUGUAUAUUGCUCCAGCAGUGGUUUUCAUGUGUGCUUUGAACUACAUAAUGAAACCAUACAAUAAGCGAACAAUAAAAUUAAAUUAUUUUCUGUGCCAAUUUAAA